CUUCCUAGUGAUCCUGAAGACCUUGAUUAAGUUGUGUUUGAUUAGGGCUGAGCUAAACUCUGCAGGAGAAUGGACAUCGAGGGCCAGAGCUGAGAAACUUAGGUGGCUCAAGAUGUUUCAGUGCUUCUGUAUAAGAAGGUGAAAAAGGGAAGUGCAACAGUUACUACAAACACAGUCAAACAACUCAAGAUACAGGAAGAGAAACUUAGACAAUGGCCGCAUACGCAAAGACAGAAAUAUUCUACAUUUCAAUCGGGUUUUGGCUGAUUGUAGGUGUUGAAAGCUACAGUGGUUGGUCAAACUAUACAUUAACUAUUUAUCCUGGAGGAUCUGUCACCAUCCCAUGUCAUUAUGACAAGAAAUACACACAGCAGAAGAAAUCCUGGUUCUCAGGGAUUGAUAAAACAUACAAAUACACAAACACAACAGAGCAGAAUCUGUCAGUAAUUGAUCAUCCUGAUCAGAGUCUCUUUACUGUGACUAUGAGAAACCUGCAGAACAAACACAAUGGACAUUAUUAUUGUGUUGUGGAGACUGGAGAACAACCACCGAUAAAAACAAUAUAUGAGCCUUAUCUCAAGAUUCAGUCUGCUCCUGGUGUGUUUGUGGUGAACAGCAGUGUCUCUGGACAUGAAGGUGGUGAUAUCAGUGUUCAGUGUCUCUACAGUUCUGGAUAUCAGAAUGAAGUCAAACAGUGGUGCAGAUAUAAAGAUCAGAGAUGUUACACAGUGGGGAGGACUGACACAUCCCAGAAUCCAUCAGUGCAGAUCAGAGAUGAUGAUGGGGGAAGAUCCUUCACUGUGCUGAUGACUGGACUGAGACGGACUGAUUCUGGCUGGUACUUCUGCUCUGCUGGAGAUGCAAUGAAUCCUGUUCACAUCAAUGUAACGGAGGCAGAACCAGGGAAAACGAAAGACACAAGUGAAUCAGGACAUCAGGAGAAUAAUAAUAACACAACUGAAGUCACUGACAAACUACAAAAAGAAAAUAAACUCCUGACUGUGUGGCUUCCAGUUUCAGCUGUGCUUCUGCUGUUAUUGAUUCUGAUCAGUGUCUUCAUCUGGAGAUUGAGACGGAGACCCAAGCAAGAUGAACAGCAAAUCAGAGUGAGAAAUGGCAGCAGAAACAAUGACGCAAUCUACUCUAAACCUGAAGACCCUGUGAUAUACAGCACUAUAAAUGAUGAAAACCCAAAUGAUGCCGACAAAGACACAACCACAUACAGUACUAUUGAUAAUAUUCCUGGGAGUGAAGCAAAGCCUCCAGCAGGUGGAACAGUAUACAGCUCUGUGGCUCCACACCAACAGCAACAGUGAGAAGAACACAGGAACAGACCCUUCUCACAAAGAGAAACAAAAUCAGCACCAGAGAUAUUACAUUUUGUAUUUAUUUUAUUUUUUUGUGGCAGGUUUUUGGCUUAUACACUGAAUCCAAUCAUGCAAUUGACUUUUUCCUUUUGAUUUUCAUUUAUUUACUUUGGUUGUUAACUGAUUGGCAAAUAUAUUAUUUUGAACUGAUCUGAGGGUAGAACAUUUAAAGGAUUCUUGUAAAUGAGGUUCAUAGUUCAUAGCUUACUUGCUGUUUUACAUAUUAAAAGACCACUCCCGAGAAAAUGGGAUUCAUUUUUAAAGUAUGUAGUUCCUUACCUUUUCAUCUUAUUUGCAGAAUAUUUUUUCUUGUGUCUCAGUUUAUUUCUUUUUUCUUUUUUUUUUAAUCUAGCUGAAAUCUAAUAAAUGUAUAUUGCAGUUGUCGGGAAAAAAUCCCUUGACUUUGUCUCAAUGUACUUUAUUUGUUUUUUAAAACAUGAUCACUUUUGAACAGUGUCAAUAGAGCGAGAUGUUUCUGGUCUGUCCCUACAGUAUAAAAGUAUUGCACACUGCAUUUUGCUGCUGAUUUACACAUGACUAAAAUUUUAAAUAGAGCAGAAGUCAGUGAGACUCGAAUGUUGAAGUGUUGUUUUGGACUUAAACACUUGUUUUAGUGUUGAUUGUUAGGUUGACUGUGCAUUUUAUCACAUUUUUUUUCUUUGCAUGCUACAGGAAACAAUGCAGCCACAAGACAUUUAGAACUGCACUUAAAGUUGAAAGUAGUUGUAUAUCUAAAUGUAUGGAAAAUAUUGUGAUAAAUUAAAAAUCUUUUUAGUAAGGCCUUAA